AUGCUCGAGGUCCCCUUGUUCAGACUUCAAUGCGGAGUCAACUCAUAUGACUGGGGCAAGGUCGGCUCUGAUUCAGCCGCCGCCAAGUUCGCUGCUGCCACGCCGCGGGACGGCUUCAGCAUCCAGUCAGAUAAACCCUACGCAGAGCUAUGGAUGGGCACUCACCCGUCCAACCCGUCCAAGGACGUGGACACUGGCCGCACCCUGCUUGACAUGGUCGAGGUCAACGCCGCUCUGCUAGCCCCAGCUGUCAAGGCCCGCUAUGGCGCAAAGCUGCCCUUCUUGUUCAAGGUCCUCUCCAUCAACAAGGCCUUGUCCAUCCAGGCCCAUCCGAACAAGAAGCUGGCCGAGCAACUCCACGCCAAGGACCCCAAGAACUACCCCGACGACAACCACAAGCCCGAGAUGACCAUUGCCGUAACGGACUUUGAAGGUCUCUGCGGCUUCCGACCCUUGGCCGAGAUCGCUCACUUCCUCUCAUCUGUGCCUGCACUGCGGGAGCUGGUUGGCGGGGGCGAGGCCGAGGCAUUCAUUGCCACCGUGCGUGGCCAGGGGAGCGACGAUUCGCCAGAGUCAACUACCCAAAACAAGCGCGCUCUCCAGUCUGCCUUUGCUGCCCUCAUGAAGUCGUCUCCCGACGCCGUCUCCUCUGCUGCCAAGGCGCUCGUAGCUGAUGCUGAGACCAGGGGGGCCGACUUUGCCGAUGGCGGUGUCGAGGCCUCGAGCGGUGCCGUGUUGUCGGAGCUCGUUACCCGUUUGAACAAGCAGUUCCCGGACGACGUUGGCCUUUUCGUGCUCUUCUUCCUCAACUAUGUCCAGAUGUCGCCGGGUGAGGCCAUGUUCCUCAAGGCCGACGACAUCCAUGCCUAUGUUUCUGGCGACAUCAUUGAGUGCAUGGCUGCCAGUGAUAAUGUCGUCCGUGCCGGCUUCACCCCCAAGUUCAAGGAUGUCCAGACCUUGGUCGACCUCCUGACCUACGACUACGCCCCCAUCGAGGAGCAGAAGAUGGAGCCCAAGGAGUACCCCUUUGUCACCCUCAACCGCACUGCCUACAGCUCUGGCUCGGAAGCGAUCCUGUACGAUCCCCCUAUCGACGAGUUCAGCGUCAUCCGGUCUGCGCUUAGGGGAAGCGGCUCGAAGGCUACCUUCGACCCCAUUGACGGCCCUAGCAUCAUUAUUUGCACGAACGGCAAGGGUAAGAUCUCCGUUGGACCCACGGUUAAGGAGAUCAAGGAGGGCUGGGUCUACUUUGUCGGUGCCACAGCGGAAUUAGUCUUGGAGUCUGAAGGUGACAAGGAUGACGAGUUUAUCACGUUCAAGGCGUUUUGCGAAGUAGAGGACCACAGCAAUGGCCAGAAGCUGUAA